AUGGUUGUAAAUACUGGAAAUUUAAUCAAUGAAAGGGCUACUCCAACUUUAGGAAUAUCACAUGCACUUAUAGCACCUACCGCAAUCAUGGUUACUUAUAUAGUAAUAAGUAUUUUCAUUAUUGGCUCCCUGAGACGCCAGUAUGCAUCUUGGUUUUUCCAUGUUUAUGCUCUUGUUGCAUGCUGUUUAGUCCAAAUUUUACUAUCCUUUACCGUCUUUAAAGAGCUGAAUAUUUCUGGAAUUGCAGACAAGUACCCAGCUCUAGCCCUUAAUGGAGUGCUACCGAUGAUUAAUACAGUUCUCUUGAUUGUAGACUUAACAGUUAUCACAUUGUCUAGUCGUGAUGCAGUUUCACCACCAUCAUCUUUGCAAAAUUCUGGUGCAAACUUAGAAAUACAACAUAGUUCCUAA